AUGGCUGAUGGGGAGGCGAAGAAAACUACAGGAUUGAAUAAGGGAGCUAAGGAUAAACCUCCGCAGGAAAUACAGGAUUAUUGGGAUCAGGCUGGAUUCCCGGAUAGCGUGGACGAAAUUGAUCAGUUAUCUGGACGAUUAGAAGCUCAAGCAGCCUGUGCAGACAACAUUAAUCAGUCUGUACUAGAGAAGUACAGAGAGUUGAAAGAACAGAUUCAGGAACUUGAAACAGAUGUCAAAAGGAGAGGGAAGGAGAAACAGAACCAAAGCAAGAGAUUAGAAAGCGUCAAAGAGGAGUGGUUAUCCUCUCUCAACAAUCUAGUUGGGAAUAUUAACACAAGGUUUUCCAAGUUCUUCGGAAUAAUGGGGUUUGCAGGAGGGGUUCAGCUCCACACUGGGAGUCAUGAGAAUGAUUUCGACAACUACGGAAUCAAGAUCCUUGUCAAGUAUAGAGAUACUGAACCUCUCCAGGAACUAACUCCACAUCAUCAGAGUGGAGGGGAGAGGAGUGUAGCUACAGCUAUAUAUAUGCUGGCUCUACAGGCUCUAACUACUGUGCCAUUCAGAUGCGUUGACGAGAUAAACCAGGGUAUGGAUGCCAGGAAUGAAAGGUUGGUGUUUGAACUGCUGGUAGAGACUUCCUGUCAGGAAACUAACUCACAGUAUUUCCUGUUGACCCCUAAGCUACUGACCGGGCUGGCCUACAAUCCUCGUAUGAACGUACUCAUCGUCCACAACGGUCACGAGAUGCUUCAUCAUUCAGAGUGGAACAUUGAUUCCAUUUACGAGAAUUUGAAAAGCAUUGAGAGCGCUUGAGGAGCAUGAAGCGCGCCUAAGGAGCAUGUAACGCGCUUAAUGUGUAGUCUGCUCUUCCUUUUCAAAUUGUGUAGACUUAAGACAUAUUCACUGUUCAGGACCAAUUUUUUAAAAGUUCAAUUAAAUUUUUAGUGUAUGUCCGCCAAAGACGAAAUAUUUUUUCAUCUUGGAUUUAUUAUUCCUGCUUUUUGGGUCCUAAAUUUCAUUAUAAAAAUAACGUACAAGAACUGAAAAUUUCUGUGAUAAUUGCGAUUUUUUUUAAUGUAACCGAAAAUAUUUGAAAUAUAUGCAUCUAUCCUUA